AUGAUGGGCCCUUUGUUAGGUGUUUUUGUGCUGUUUGUUGCGGUGGAAUGCUAUCCAUUGGAGGUUUUUGGACGUGCGAAACGAUCGGAGAUUAUCCCGGGAAAUCGAAUUGUCCGCUAUGAAAUUCAGCCGAUGCCGCAUGUGCCGAGCAGUGGUAAGUUAAAUAGGAUUUGGAAAUUUCAGUUGUAUCGCGAGAUAAUAGACCAUACGGGAUUCGAGUCGAAAUUUUCAGGUCGUGAUGACAAUUCCGACCGGUCAUGACGGUCGUAUCAGUCUGUCGGGAAAAUAAUGAGCGAUCUGUCGCAACGAAAAUAGCAUCACCGCCGAGAAAAUAAAUUGUACCGCGACAGAAUUGGCCCAGAGACACUGCGCUCAGUAUUUUCCCGACAGACUGAUAAUCACCUAUCUAACCGGUCACAUUAAAAACCGUGGACAAGUAAAUCGGAUGACCGGCCCGAAUAGUCAACUUACCGGUCCGAUCUGGCCAUUUAACCGAUUAGCCCUCUUCGAGUCGCUAUUUUUCAUUUUUUCCAGACAAAUCUCAAUGCCUCGACCGCACCGGAAAGCAUCGCAAAGACGGCGAAGAAUAUGAAUGCACCUUGGGGAUAUUCAAACUCAAAUGUAAUAAAGGACAAGAAGAAGUCACUGGUAUGUUGUUUUUGUAUCCUUUUUUUCUAUGCUUCCCGUUUAGCAUGCCUUGGAUCGGAUCGAACAGACAAGAAGUGGAUUAAGGUUGGAGAAACUUUGAAUGUCAACGGAUUCUGGCACAAAUGCGAAAGGUUUGACAACAGCAGUGUGGUUUAUCAUCAAGGUAUGAAGACUGUUUACAAAAUAGCCAUUUUAUACGAUGAAACAUGCCCAACGAUUACUUGGACAUGUUACAUCAUAUAAAAUGGAUUUAAAUUCGUUGCACCUCAUUGAAGUUGCUGAAAACGAUGUUCUCAGUUAUUUUUCAACAAUCUCAUGAAGGUUUUAUAGUCAUGAAGUUAUUUGACCAUUUUAUACGAUGAAACAUGUCCAAAGCUUAAUUUGACAUGUUUCAUCGUAUAAAAUGGUAGUCUACAGUCGAAAAAAUGAAAAAUUUCUAGAGCUCUCGUGUCGCGACGAAAACCGCAAAGAAGUUCAUGUGGGUGACGAAGUCAUUGUAGCGUCGCUGCGUCUAAAAUGCGUUGAAGGAGGCUACCUUCCAAUUGGAUGUUACAUCCCGCACAAAGAUGGAGGAAUAAAGCUGAAAGAGGGCGAAGAAAAAACUAUUGAUGGAUUCCCAUUUACCUGUAAAACCGCGUCGUUGCAUCGAAAGAAACGGGACGAAGUCAGCGCGUUGGGAGCGGGCGUUGCAGCGCAUGGCGCGACGUCCUGGUCGCAAGUGCCAUUCCCUUCAGCCGAAGAGUUGGGCAAAAGUGGAUCCGAAAUCAAAGCGGACCCAGAAACUUCACCGGGAGCAACACAAACCGAACAAGUUGUGAAUGCCAAGCCUGUAACUUUGGUUGCAGCGAAGGACAAGCCGAAAACAUCAAGAUAA